CUGGCUAUGUGACGUGGUAAGCCUGCGUCGCACUUUGCAACUCUCUGGCGUUUUCGAUCGGACUGGAGAAAGUUUGUUCUCCAUAUCGUGAAUCAGUUCAUUGUAAACACGGAUUCGGUCAUCGGCAAUUUGUGACAUACUUGAUAUACUUUUAUAAAAAUGACGUUUAUUAAAGAGGAGAGUGAAGACAUGAAGAUUGAAGAAACAUUCAGAGUCAAACAAGAAGAUAUUGAGGAACAAACAGAGCUGAAGACACUGAAAGAGGAGAGGCUAGAACUGAAUGAAUUGGAAGAGAAAUAUCAGUAUGAACUGAAACAUGAUUUCAUUAUUGGAGAAAAAUACAUACAGACAGAAAUGACUUCAUCACAAAAAAGAGCUCUGAAUACAGAAUCUAACAAAUGUUUUACCUGCCGUCAGUGUGGAAAGACUUUCACUCAAAAAUCAAACCUCUAUGUUCACAUGAGAGUCCACACCGGAGAGAAACCUUUCAACUGCCAGCAAUGUGGAAAAAGUUUCACUCAAAGAGGAAACCUGAAAGUCCACAUGAAUAUUCACACCGGAGAGAUUUCUUUCACCUGCCACCAAUGUGGGAAAAGUUUCACUCAAAACGGAGCCCUUAAAAGGCACAUGAGAGUUCACACUGGAGAGAAGCCCUACACCUGCCAACAGUGUGAAAAGAGCUUUACAACAGAACUAAACCUUAGGUAUCACAUGAACAUACACACUGGAGAGAAGCCAUUCUCAUGUGAUGAGUGUGGAAAGAAAUUCAAACGUAAAGUAACCCUUACUUGCCAUAUGGGAAUUCAUUCUAAAGAGGAGAGUUUUAAAUGUCAUGAGUGUGGAAAGAGUUUUAGUCAUAAAGUAAACCUCAAGAAUCACAUGAGACUUCACACUGGAGAGAAUCCUUACAUGUGUGUUCAGUGCGGAAUGAAUUUCAGAUAUAAAGCAGCCCUAAAUGCCCACUUGACAACUCACACUGGACAGAGUCCUUACACCUGCAAACUGUGUGGGAAGAGCUUCACACGAGAACUAAACCUCAAGUAUCACAUGAAUAUUCACACUGGAGAGAAGCCAUUCACAUGUGAUCAGUGUGGAAAGAGUUUCAGACGUAAAGUAACUCUUAGUCAGCACACGAGGAUUCACUCAAGAGAGAACUCUUUUAAAUGUGAUCAGUGUGGAAAAAGUUACACAAGCAUGAAACGCCUAAACAGGCAUGUAGUAAGUCACUCUGCAGAGAAUGUUUUCAAAUGCCAGCAGUGUGGAAAAAGUUUCAGUCAUAAAAUAAGCCUUAAGGCUCACAUGAGACUUCACACUGGAGAGAAACCUUACACGUGCCCUCAGUGUGGACAACGUUUUACUUAUAAACCAUCCCUUGAUUACCACAUAAGAGAUCACACUGGUGAAAGGCCUUAUAUAUGCAAACAGUGUGGAAAGAGCUUCACACAAAAAGGAAAUCUGAAGACUCACAUGAUAAUUCACACUGGAGAGAAGCCUUUUAAAUGCCAGGACUGUGGAAGGUGUUUCAAUCGUAAAGUAAGCCUUAAGACUCACAUGAGAAUUCACACUGGAGAGAAGCCUUACAAAUGUCCUCAAUGUAAAAAGUGUUUCUCAUAUCAAAGAGCCCUUCAACUUCAUUUGCAAGCACAUUCUGGAAAGAAACUGCAACGUUCAGAGUGUGACAAAAAGUUUAUGAAAAGCAGAAAUUUGAAAAAUCACCAGUGCAUUCACUCUGGAAGAAGGCGAUUUAAUUGUGAUCUUUGUAAUAAGAAAUGUAUUCUGCCAUCACACUUACAGAUACACCUGAAAAGUCACACAGAAGUGAGACGCUAUUUGUGUUCCUUGUGUGGUAAGAGGUUUAAAUGGCACAGCAGUUUGAAAUGGCACCAGAAAACACGGACCUGUGUGCAUAUAAGGCUCCGUUCACACCGUAGGUAAACGCAUGCCAUCAAGCACUGUCAAGAGCAUGCCAAGUCAACAGGUGGCGAUAUAAUCUCAACCGUAAAGCCAUGUUGGCCAAUCAGAAGCCUGAAAGUUUCCAGUAGGCAGAGCUAACAGCACUGGCUUCGUCACAAGCCAAAAAUGCCUGUUUCGCUGUCUUCAUAACAUCUGGAGUUUGAAAAUCUUCACCCUGGCAGGCGUUUUCAAAAAUGUUCAGUUUCAGUGACCCUGUGCCUGCGUCUGGAUGAACAGCCAAACCGCAUAUAAAAAGCUGUGGUUUUAAAAUGUAAUCGCGUUUGUGUGGACCGGGCCUAAUUUCACUUGUAUAGAGGUGUCAUUCCAUUUCAUGUAUUGAUGCCUUGGGAUCAAAAUAUUAGUAAUAUUAAACUUCAGUCUUGCUGUGAAAUGCCACAAUGUCACGGUAGGAUUGUAAAUAAGGGGACAUAAACUGAAUGAAAUAAACAUCAAACUGCAUUAUUUGAUUGAGCUUUAGUAAGAAAAUGCAAAGGUAAACAUGUUUUCAGUCUGGACUAUAAAGGGGAUAUUGGAUCCCCAUUUUCCACAAGUUGUUAUGAUUCUUUAGAAUCUUCAUGAAAUGUUUGUAACGCAGUUUGGUUGAAAUUCCUCAAUGAUCAUGUAAAACAACACCUUUUUUACCUUGUCAAAAAAAGCUCUGUUCACAGCAACCCAUUGUGCUACUAUUCACCACACUCC